CACGGAAGUGAUUCCCAGCUGUCAAACAAAUUGUAUUAAGUCAUUUUCAGCGCUUGUUUGGCAGAAAUAAAACACCGAACGAUACUUUAAAAUGGACUCUCCUCGCUGGCUGCCUUUGGAGUCGAAUCCAGACGUCAUGACUAAGUUUGUCAGUUGUUUGGGUAUGAGGCCAACCUGGCAGUUUGGAGAUGUGUAUGGACUGGAUCCAGAGGUUCUCAGCAUAGUACCAAGACCCGUGUGUGCAGUUCUGCUCCUCUUCCCUGUCACAGAGAAGUAUGAGGCAUUUAAGCAGGAAGAGGAGGAGAGGCUCAAAGACCAGGGGCAGCUAGUCUCUCCUGAUGUUUACUUCAUCAAGCAAACUAUUGGAAACGCUUGUGGGACAAUAGGAUUAAUUCAUGCAGUGGCAAACAACCAGAAACACUUGGAAUUUGAGCCCAACUCUCCUCUUAAGGAGUUUCUUGAACAAACAUCUAAAAUGACCCCAGAAGAAAGAGCUACCUUCCUGGAAAAAGAUGAGAGUAUACGUGUCACUCAUGAAUCCAGUGCACAGGAGGGACAAACUGAGGCUCCAAGUCUAGAUGAAAAAGUGAAUCUGCAUUUUAUUGCUUUCGUUAAUGUCGGAGGGCAGCUGCUUGAACUGGAUGGCCGGAAGCCUUUUCCUGUCAUUCAUGGAAAUACAACAGAAGAUACUUUCUUGGAGGAUGCUGCAGAAGUUUGUAAGCUCUUCAUGGCUCGUGACCCUCAGGAGGUUCGUUUCACCAUCAUUGCCCUCUCCAAAGAUUCAUUGUGAGGAAAUUAAUUUUUAACUCUAGAAAGCAAAAAACAGCUGCCAAACAUGAAGUGCUGAGUAUAUUGUAUUUUUUCAAAACUCGAAAAUAAAUGAUGCAUUGAAAUGAACUUAUUGCCAUGAAAAGUAAUAAAAAAUAAUUUUAAGGGAAAUCUGAGUGUUACUGAAAGUAUUCACUCUUCUGCAGGUAAACCGUUGACAUUACAGUCAGUUUGGUUAGCAUCCAUGAAAAUUGCAUUUUACUCAGACUUGCAGUAUAAAAUAUUUGAUUUGUUUUUGGUUGUUGAGGUGAACUGAAGAAACAGUUUUGCAAGACUUUAAUUUCACUGUUCAUGGUGAAGGUGCCUACAUUUUUGUAUUAAUUAGAAAGUAUGUCAAAU